AUGAAGGACUUGAAUUGGCGUCUACGUGGCGCGCAAGAAGAAUCGACAACGUUGGACAGAAGGAAGACUAGCACUCAUCACUCGCCGACCAAGCCGAGCCGCAACAAGACCAUUCGGCGAAGUGCUAGUGCUCCACAGCUCCACGAUCAGGAGUAUGACACAUGGACAAGCUUACAUGAUGAUCCAGAGCCCACAGUUCCAGGUUCUUACGGGACAGAUCUUGCAAGGACUGGCGUCCUCGGGACCGACAUGGACCCAAACUGGCGACGACCAUCCUGCGACAGAAUCAACCUAUUGACAGAGAAAGAUAUCUGUGCGCUCGAAGACUACUUGAAGGGACGUGUUGAUGUAAAACACUCAUGCCUGAUGAAGCUCUCGCGUCACUUUUUCCUUUGGGCGGCAGAGAGCGAGCACUGGACGGCUCGGUCCCAAAAAGGCCUUUGCUAUGCCAUAUUACUCCGGCAGUGCAUUGAGCACUGGCAAGGCUGGCAAGACUAUUUCUGCGCCCUCCGGACGGACAAAAGUGUGCGAUGCGACCUUGAUCAGAGAAUUCGUUUGGCCAUCGGCUCUCUCAGAUGGAAUUCGCGACUCCUGCCACCUGAGAGUGACGCCGAGGCCGGCCCACACAUCAACGUGCGCUCCACCGAGAGUCACAGCAUCGCAGACUAUACGGACAGCCUCCUAGAGGGCCCUCGCGGGACGUUCUUUCCCGCCGUGAAUGAACCCUCGUGUACUACUACUUUAACCGACGUGGCAGCACAAGUUGCAAAGCGCGGCUUAAGCAGGGACACCGGUGCUCCGUACAUCACCGGAGGCAUUGCCACCGCCGUGAGUGGUCUUGCGAUCGGCACAGCCGUCCGAUCACGCUACACAGAGAGGAAAACCUGGAACCGCGACCAAACACAACGAGCGACGGAGCUGCACGAUCUGGUUCGACGAGCAUCCUUACGCGAAGUCGAGAUCGCUCAGCGAGAGGCCGAGGUAGACAGGCGUGAGACAAAGUUGAGAAACGAAAGUGUGGGGGUAACUUUGGGUGCCGACACUUCUGCGCUGGCGAAGAAGGUCGACGAAGAGUCGUAUUUGCGGCGGAGGAGUCUCUUUGGCCGGAGAGACCUGUCGCCCGUCUCACACGUCAAACCUUCUCAAGAGCGCAGGAGAACACCAAGCUCACGCUACACAAUCGUUCCAGAUUGCGAUCGCCACAGCGCUCCACGAGAGCGUGAGUGCUCACCAAGGUCACGACACGAAUACUACGGAGGAGUUUAUGAGGCAUUGAUGCUGGAAGGUGAACUUGCUAGUACCCAGCGUGCAUCCCGUCAGUCGCCCGAGUAUACGAAGAGCCGUCGGAGACCUGUAGAGGAUCAAGCAGCGAAGCUUAGCCGCUGGGAAGCAGAUCUCAAGAACCGGCACGAGGAAAUGACGAAAACGGAAACAUCCCUGCAGCAGCGGCGAGACUAUAUGAAAGUCCAGUUGAAGAAACUUGCUGCCAUCUCCUCGAAGACGGCGGUAUCGACAGACUACGCAAGAUUAUGGCGAACCAUCGCGCUCGUGUUGCAGAUCGUGCACAAGCACCGGCAAAAGCAGCAGGCCACUCUGGAGAGAGACAUGGGAAUGCUGUUCGACCGCGAACGAGACCUGCAGGCGGCCAGAAGGAAGCACGAACGCGAGUGGAAAAUCAGGCGGCAAGAGUUGACCGCACAGGAAACCAGGGAGAGGAGACUGGAUGAGAAGGCCGCGGCACAGAACAAGAUGUACGCCGAUCUCGACAAGGAUAUCGACGACUUCACGAAGACCAAGAGCGAGACUGAAAAGGUGUUGAGAGAGCGGGAGAAGGCGUGGAGGGAGACCAAGAAGAGGGAUGAAGCUGCCGCGUUCCUCAGGCGAAAGGAGUUCUUGAGGCUGUCGGAUGCGCUGGACGCAGCCAGGCGAUCUCACGAGCAGCGGGUGAAACGUGACAAUGAGAUGUUGGAAGAGAAAAAGGCACAUAUACAAGAGGCGCGGAAUCAUCAAGGCGAAGAAGGAGGUCCGGGCGAUGAUGGUCUGUCAUAA